AUGUACAAAGGCAAAGGGCGUGAUUCCAAUGACGACCGGGACAAAGUCGUGAAUUCUGCCCACAUAAAUCAUGAAUCUUCAGACAGUCAGAGCGACGGCGCCGGGGGAAAUGACAAUUACUAUGACUCCGACAUGACGGCGGAAAGUGAGGGCGACACUUACAUCUCAGCUGAAGAGAAAACAAAACAGACAUGGAGUCUGAAAACAACUGCUAAAGCCGCCCUAGUAUCCGUCAAGAUCAGUGAAAAAUGCAAUGUUAAAAAGAGCACAUCUUCAAAAGCCACUGCAAGCAUUGCUCUGCAAAAAAAGACACCUCGCCUGCAACGCAUUCAAACAAAAACAUGGAAGAUUUCAUGA